ACCAGUGAUUAUUUGCCUUAGCAACAUCAAAAUGGCGACUGUUUUCACGGGAAACCCUUCAGUUUCAUUCAGCGACGUUAAAAUUCAAGAGCUGCUUUCGUAAAUUAAUACAGUGUAAAUUGUGUGUGUAGAUAAGUCAGUUGAACUGCAUUAAAAUGUAGAAUGUUACAGUAUGUUGUCAGUUUUUAAAUGUAAAUAAUAAGUGGGAAUAACCCUAACAGUACUACAGUAAGUUGAAACUGAAAGAAAAGUUUAGCAAAAAGUCACACGACACAGUACUGCAAUGGCCUCGGGUGCCGUGCAAAAACCGCCACUGCCGGUGGUGAAACAUGUCAUUCGAGAUGACGACAUCGGGAUUAAAAAGGGUGUUAAGAUUCAAGCUGUCAACUACAGCAAAGUCAUCAAGCUCCUUACAGACCCUCAUUCAGCAACGUUACAUGAGAGACAUCUGAAUGCACUUCACAAACUGAUUCGUCAUUAUGAAGCUGGAUUUCUCAUGAAAGAUCUCGUUCAAGUUUUUAAGAUUCUGAACGUCUGUGCAGACCGAGUGCAUGAUCAUCCCCUGUACAUCCAACCUAUGAUGGACCUACUAAAAAUCAGCAGCUUACCGUUUCUGAAGGAAAAGACAUCUGAUGGCACCGCCUACUCUCAGAUUGUUGUGGAAUCCAUUUCACAGCUGGGUUACCUGAUGAGAGUGCCGAGUAAGGAGGUUCGUCUUCAGUUGUCAUCAACCCUGCUCAGUAUUUUCAGCAAUGAGUUGCCUAAACAACAAGUCCAAGACCAUCAAGCAGCUUCUAGAGCUUACAACAUGGCCAUGGUUGAGAAGAGUGAUGUUGCUGAGACGUUAGUUAAGUCCUUGGCUCUGCUCGAGCAAGAUAUUGACGUAAAGCUUCAGAUACUGGACCUGCUGCAGAACCUGUCAGCAUUCUCAGCACCCAAUUGUGAUAAGAUGCUGGCUGCGGAAGCCGCAAGCCGCAUAUGUAGCCGCAUGAAUGAUCCAGAACCUACUGGAAGGUUACUGUUCCGGUCCAUUGAGAUCCUGUGGAAUCUCCUGGAGAAUGGGAACAAGGAGGACGUUGCAGAGCAGCUCAGCUCCUUCAUCUGCAUUAAAGCUCUCCAGGAGGCAUUUUCUCAACAAAUGACAUCAGGUUUCAGCCACUAUGAUCGACAGUUAAGGAAUGACCUGUUAGUGAUCGCCACUCUGAUUGCAACAGUCUGUCCCCAGGCUCCAUUCAUUGAGACAGGUUUCGCUAAGCAGCUAAUCCUCUUUGCAACAUUUCAAGAAGUGCGAAGUCACAAUGCUCUUGUCAGACAUCUGAAACUUGGCACAAGUAUUGAGGAUUUUGAGCUGAAGAAACUACUGAUCAACAUCAUCAUUGUUCUGUCCAAAGAUGUCUCUAUGGUCCCGUUACUUUCCGAAGGCCAUGUCCUACUGGCUCUCUUCUCCUACGUCCGAGGCAACGAGACGGUCUCCCAGCCCCAGGAGUGGACUCCAGCUCAAUUUGAAGAGAUCCAGCUGCAUGCUAUGAGUGCCCUGUGUACCAUCGCACCGCUGUGUGUUCAAGAUUACAUGACUUGCCAAGGAAAUACUAGACUGCUUCUGGUUUUGGAGUGGUGUGUUGGCAAAGAGGAUUUUGCAGGUCACGGUAAUGCCUUCCAUGGUUGCGGUGGCCGUGGCAACAAGCGAGCUCAGAUGCGAUUCUGUCUCCAUCUCAUGAGGAGCAUCGUCAGUAUCGGAGAGUCUGCAGUCACUCAGGACUUUGUGGAUCAAGGAGCUAUCAAUCAAAUGCUUGAUAUUUUGCUGAGUGCCAGUCAUUCUGAGAGUGACGACGAUGUCGUUGAUGUUGAGAUGCAGUCUGAUAUGUUGUCUAUCCUGUCCGUCCUGUGUGAAGGAGAUAUUCAUCGGAAGGAGUUAUACGGAGAGAAAGGAGUGAAGGUUGUCCUUCAGUACCUCAAGACCAACCCGAAGAAGUUGUGUAACGGUCUGGGUUACCAUCGUAUGAUGCUAGCUACAGUCGAUACUAUCUGGUGUUGUGUGGUAGGAGCUUAUCUCAAUGAGGAUAUGUUUCUGGAAGGGCAGGGUGUCUUCUGCUUGUUGGAUUUACUGCAGACUUGUUCAGCCAAUAUGCACAACCUGAUCCUAGGCUGCUUGCUGGAUCUAUGUGAGAACGCCAAGACAGUAGCUCACAUGCUGGCAUGGAGGAGUGAUAAGAACACAACGGUGGCAUCCCUGCUCAUUAAGAUCUGGAAACAGGAGGAGCAAGCACUGGGUGUAGGGAGGAAAGAAAAUGGAACCAUCGCAGACACUAAGAAGCCUCUGAUGGGUGUAGUCCAAGAGAGCGCAGGCAUUGUACCUCUACCAGCCAACUCCCGCAGCCAAGCCAUCGUUGACGUUUUUGAGAACAUGCGAGCCAAAAUCUACGCCCUCUUCUGCAAGAUUGGAUUCGAUAGCCAUCCUAGCUUGUCUACCGACGACCAGGUCACGUUGUGUAUCAUCGAGAAGUAUCUAGAUUUCAAGCAAGGGGAGGUUUGGAAGGAGGUGACUUCGGAGCUGGAGCAAGAAGGCGUUAGACCGGUUACUCCUGAUGAGGAAGCCCUGUCAGUAAUCAACAGAACCACUGAGGAGUUGGCCAUUAACGUAGCUGACACUCAAGUAGACAUGUUAGAGUCACAACUACAGCAGGAUCUGUUGGAAGAACAGGAGAUGUAUGCCGAGAUCCGUGAGAAUCAUCGCCAGAAAGAGAAAGCCAUCAAGAGGUGGGAUAACUACGUGGCACGCACAUCCAACUAUGCCUUACUCAAGACUGCCAAGACCGAUCAAGACUUGAGCAUCAAAGCCUCCAGAAUACAGACGGAGUUCCUAGACUCAGACACCUACCACAGCACAGAUCUCUCCAACCUUCAAACAACAACCUUCCAGAGUCGUCAUAUCAACAUUGACAGCACGCCUCUAGAGCUGACAGGUGGUCCAACGCUCCUAGGUCAACCUAAUGAGAGAGACAUCACCAACAGGGUCACGAUGAAGGAAAAUACUCCGAUAUUUGUCUCUUAGUUCAACAAAUAGUAUUGAUUUAUGUAUGAAGAUGUCUGUGAAUUGCUUUCCUGCAACUGCCCCCUUAUUUAAUGACUGGCAAAGACUCAAAGUAUCGAGAGCUGUUCAGUUUGGCAAAAAAAAGAGGAAUAUUUAAGCACAAAGCUGCUGAGGUGGUGGAGUAAUACCUUUAUGGGAAACGUUUGCACUUUGCGGAUCUUGGAAACUUGUUGGAUACAUACAUGUAUCAGGCAUGAGAGUUUUCAGACUUGUCUAAAAUCAGACUUUUUGAAUCAGAGAGAAAGACAUUAUCAGUAUAAAAAGAAAUGCAUCUUUCAGACCUUUCAUCCAGUUUUCAGACUUUUUUAAAUUGAAAAUCUCAUCCUUGGCGUAUAUUAUUUUGGAUAAACUUGCCCUGGUAGGUUUGUACCGUUAAUUCAAGGUAUAUGACCCUGACAUUUGUCCAUGUCUACCCAACCCACCACAAAGCCUACUCCCACCAUCCAACUUCCUCUACCACCCCCCUUCCCCCCCCCCCCCCACUCACCAUGUUCUGCCUCGCAAUACAUUUAUGAGUUGAGCUUAAAGUGGCUUCGUUUAUAUUUUGUAAAUAAUGCUUAAAUUUUGAGAGUGUGUAAAUACAGAAGUUAAAUUUAAAACAAUAGUCGAGCAUGCAGGAACUUUUCUAUGGAUUGAAACCAAAAAGGGUGUAAAAGAUGCAAGGAGGUGAUUGUUCAUAAUUGGGUAUUCAUUGAGAGUGUGACAUGCCGAUUUUGAGUUAAUUUGAAAAGAUUGUAACUAUUGUGUGUAUAUACAUCCUGCUGAAAAUGUGUUUUUUUUUCCUGUAUAUAAAUACAAAGAAGCUCCUAACAUCACAAUCCGUCCAGGUAAAAAUGUCCAGAGAGUCAUUGAUAAGUACAUUUGUAUUUAGAAGCUAUACAGUGCAUGUACAUGAUGUAUGAUUUUGAUUCAAACAAUAUGGAAUCCACAACCGUCAAACUUUUUUGGGCAUUUAUAAUGUUUGCAUUGCGUCCAAAACUGAUUAAAACAUUUGAAUAUAAAGGACACUGAUA